AUGUCCUUCAAUAUUCAUGAAAGAGCACCAACUGUCACACACCUCGCUGUUCAUUUAGAAAACGGACAGCGGGUGUAUUUCACUGAAAAUAAUGUAAAUGACAUUGUGAAUAAUCCAAGAGAUACUACUUUAACAGCGUUUUUCAAAUUAUGUGCAGAGGACGACUUCGCAAAAACUCUGACCUACGACAAGGUGCCUGCCUAUUAUACCUGGAAUCAAAAUACGAAAAAAUUCCAACGACGAAAGCAGGGGGCGGUAGUUCUCGGGUACCCUGGCGUGAGAAAAACAGAUGCUCUUGGAAGGGUGUACGUGGUACACCCUAAUAAUACAGAAUGUUUUCAUUUGCGGUUGUUACUCCACGUUAUAAAAGGCCCUACUUCGUUUAGAAGUCUCCGCACUUUUGAAGGUGUAACUUACGACACAUUCCAAGGGGCUUGCAAAGCUAUGGGCCUCCUCGAAGAUGACAGUCACUGGGAGAGUACGCUCUCUGAAGCAGCCAUAUGCUGUUCACCAAAAUCACUUAGGUGCCUUUUUGCCAUUAUGAUAUCGUUCUGCCAAAUCACGGACCCGCAUCUUCUUUGGCAAAACUAUCAGGAAAGUAUGUCCGAAGAUAUACUGCAACGCAGACGACAAGAACUGUCAUCAGAUGAUUUAGAGUACGACCAAAAUAUUUUUGAUGAAGCUUUAAAUGAAUUAAAUAAAGAGGUCGAAUCUCUAUCAGGUAAAAGUAUAAAAUAUUUUGGUUUUAACUUGCCGUUAAAUUCAAAUCUUUAUGCAAUGAACAACAUCGAGGAUUUACGAGAGACUGACUAUGAUUACACCCAACUCUUACAGACAAUUCAAGAUGAACAUCGCUUAAAUCCAGAACAAAAAAUUGUUUACGACCAAAUAUUGUCAUCAGUUAAUAGUAAUGAAGGGAAAAUGUUCUUUCUAGAUGCACCCGGGGGCACGGGUAAAACAUUUAUAAUUAAUUUAUUAUUAGCAAAAGUAAGGUCUGACAGAAAAAUUGCUCUUGCCGUGGCGUCGUCCGGUAUUGCAGCCACACUUUUGAAAGGCGGGCGAACUGCACAUUCCACUUUCAAACUACCUUUAAAAAUUUGCAUUGACGACGUCUCUAGCGUUUGUAACAUCUCAAAACAGAGUAAAACAGGUAAAUUAAUGCAGGAUUGUAGCUUGAUUAUUUGGGACGAAGCUUCCAUGUCCCAUAAAGCAUCAGUUGAGGCAUUAGACAGGACAAUGCGCGAUUUACGCAACAGAAAUUGCCCAAUGGGUGGCUGCACCGUUUUGUUUUCUGGAGACUUUCGUCAAAUUUUGCCAGUCAUAGCAAGGGGGACUAGAGCUGACGAAGUCAAUGCAUCACUCAAAAGAUCUUAUCUUUGGCCACAUAUUACAAAAUGUAAUGGUGCAUUUCAAUCCGGAAAUGUUAAAAUCAAUCUUAGUAACCUAUGUGCUUUGGUUCAAAAUGUGGAAGAAUUGGUUGAGACCGUAUAUCCCGAUAUUACUAAUAUAACUACAAAGACUUUAUGUUGGUUUAAGGAAAGGGCUAUAUUGGCACCUACUAAUGAACAGGUUGAUAAAAUUAAUCAUUUAAUUAUUUCCAAGUUUGAAGCACCAUCACAGAUAUACUAUUCAGUUGAUACAGUUUUGGAUACCGCAGAGGCAGUACAUUAUCCAACUGAAUUUUUGAAUUCUUUAGUUCCUCCCGGAAUUCAUCCACACAAGUUAAUAUUAAAAGUGGGUUCACCAGUGAUAUUACUUAGAAAUUUAAAUCCCCCAAAAUUGUGUAAUGGCACGAGACUCAAAAUAGUUAAAUUAAAAAACUUUCUAAUCGAAUGCACUAUUUUAACUGGCUGUGGUACUGGUGAUACUGUUUUAAUUCCCAGAAUACCGAUGAUUCCCUCCGAAUUACCCUUCCAAUUCAAAAGACUGCAAUUUCCAAUCAAAUUAGCCUUUGGUAUUACUAUUAAUAAGGCACAAGGUCAAACUUUAAAAGUUGCAGGAAUAGAUUUAACUGAUCAAUGUUUUUCUCACGGCCAGUUAUAUGUUGCCCUUUCAAGGGUGACAUGUAAAAAUAAUCUGUUUGUGUUUACUAACAAUCCGUCAGAAGUAAUGAACGUUGUGUAUAAGGAAAUAUUUCAAUAG